AGCAUUAAGAUGCUUUUGGGGCCAAGAUCUGAAACGGAACAGAAGUGGCUCUACCUUUUGUGGAAAUACUGUGAAAUUCAAGCUCUUCUCACAGUAGGGUAUGUGUUUGUUUUGUUCGCGUGUACUUUUACCUCAUUGAAAAAGAGUUGGCUCAAGUUCAGGAGUUACACAACCGUUAAUUAUCAUAAUACCCUCUGACCAAUAGGCUUUGAAACUGCACUGAAUACUCCCUAUUUUACAGUGCAGUUGACGUAUUAGAGUCAUAAACCUGCUGUUUUUUUUUGUUUUUUUUAAGGCUUUUUCACUUAUUCCUCUCUUGGUUGUGUGUGGUCGCCUUGAACACAUCAACCUCCGUUCUCUAUCUACUUAGUCUGGGGAGACAUCCUUCCAAACCUCAUCUCGUUGACUCGGAAGCCUGGGUGUCAGAGGCUACUGUCUAGUCUACUCCCCAGGAUGGUUUCUGUGAGGAUGCUGCUGCUGUCGGUGGCCCUCCUGCUCUGCGGGUGUCUGGGCACACAGGGUGGCAACGUGCUGGUCUUUCCCGGAGAGUACAGUCACUGGCUCAACAUGCGAGUGAUCCUGGAGGAGCUAGUGGAUAGGAACCAUAGUGUUACCGUGCUGGUGUCAACCGCCUCGCCGUCCGUCGACUUCUCCAGGCCAGAGAAGUUCGGCUUCAAGGUUUACGAUGUGCCCCAUGAAAAACAAGACUGGCAGGCUCUCAAUGAUGACUUCAUAAAGUGGUGGAUGAACGAGUCUCACCACAAGUCCAUGCUGCAGCUGGGACAGUGGAUCAGAGACUUCAUGCAGAAAAUGAAUGUUCUGACGGUCAACAUGUGUAAGUCUAUGUUCGAUGACAAAGCGCUUCUGGAGUCACUGAAACAGUCCAAGUUUGACACGCUCCUUUCUGAUCCCAUGUUCCCGUGCAGUGACUUAAUCGCGGAUGCUCUUGACUUGCCUCUGAUUUUCUCCUUGAGGUUCUCAUUUGGCAUGGUGUUAGAGAGGCAAUGUGCACAGAUGCCGGCACCCUCCUCUUACGUCCCUUCCCCGGAAUUGCCGUACACAGACAAAAUGAGUUUCUUUGAGCGGGUCCACAAUUUUGUUACAUAUACUUUUUUUGAUAUCUUCAUGAAUGUACACUUACUAACGGCCAUGGACACUUUGUACAGUGAGAUAAAGGGAAGUCCGACUAGGUUCUGUGAGAUGAUGGGGAAGGCUGACAUCUGGUUGAUACGAACAUACUGGGACAUUGAGUAUCCUCGACCUUUCCUGCCAAACUUCAAAUUUGUGGGAGGACUUCACUGCAAACCUGCAAAGCCACUUUCAGAGGCCAUGGAGGAGUUUGUGCAGAGUUCAGGAGAUGACGGCAUCGUAGUGUUUUCACUGGGCUCCAUGGUCAAGAACCUGACUACAGAGAGAGGAAACACCGUAGCCACUGCAUUGGGACAGAUACCACAGAAGGUGCUGUGGAGAUACAGUGGGGAGAAACCAGAGACCCUGGCUCCCAACACAAGACUUUAUGAGUGGAUUCCACAGAAUGACUUACUAGGGCAUCCGAAGACCAAAGCCUUCAUCACUCACGGUGGAACCAACGGACUCUAUGAAGCCAUCUACCAUGGAGUUCCUAUGGUGGGUAUCCCUCUGUUCGCUGACCAGUCAGUCAACGUCAUGCACAUGAAGAACAAAGGAGCGGCUGUCAUCAUGGACUUCAACAAGAUGACGUCCAAAGAUCUGACGGAAGGACUCAACUCUGUGAUCAAUGAUCCACCGUACAAAGAAAACGUGAUGAGGCUUUCCAGUCUCCACCACGACCAGCCAAUGAAGCCAUUGGAUACAGCAGUGUUCUGGGUUGAGUUUGUGAUGCGCAACAAGGGCGCCAAGCACCUGAGGGUGGAGUCCCAUAACCUGAGCUGGUACCAGUACCACUGUCUGGACGUGACCGCUGCCCUGCUCUCCGUAACGGCACUCUUCAUUAUAGUCUCAGUUAAAACAUGUACUUUCUGCUUCAGGAAAAUUAAAGCAAGACCGAAGACAGAGUGACUACCUUGGUCUGGUAAUAAUGUCAUGUACUGAAACAAUCGCGGUGAGACAUUAUCGUAGUGGGCGUUAUCAUCAUGGGCGACAUUAUCGUGGUGGGCAUUAUCGUUGUGGUUGACAUUAUCGUAGUGUGAAUUAUCGCCGUGUGCGGCAUUAUCGUGGUGGUCAUUAUCACCGUGGGCGACAUCAUAUUGGGCAUUAUUGUCGUGGGUGACAUUAUCGUAGUGAGCAUUAUCGUCAUGGGUGACAUUAUCAUAGUGCGAAAGGGUCUUCAUGAACUAGGGUACCCAUGAAGAUUUCCUACACUGGACAGCAUGUUAAAGCUGCUGAUAAGUCAUUUAUAAUAAUCAGCCAUUUUGUUUUCAUGUCAUUACAUUAAGAUAUAAGGGGGGUUAACUGUAGUCAAUAAAAUGUACUUGGUGAUUUAACACCUAUGUUUAACCCUUUAUCAUGGUUGGUGUCUUGAUUGAUUUGUCCAAAAUCAUGUGCCAUAAAGCAUUACCUUUCUGUCCUUGCAUUUAUAGCAGUGUACGUUGUCAUUAUAACAUAUAAAAAGCAUUACCUUUCUGUCCUUGCAUUUAUAGCAGUGUAAGUUGUCAUUAUAACAUAUAUAAAGCAUUACCUUUCUGUCCUUGCAUUUAUAGCAGUGUAAGAUGUCAUUAUAACAUAUAAAAAGCAUUACCUUUCUGUCCUUGCAUUUAUAGCAGUGUAAGUUGUCAUUAUAACAUAUAAAAAGCAUUACCUUUCUGUCCUUGCCUUUAUAGCAGUGUAAGUUGUCAUUAUAACAUAUAAAAAGCAUUACAUUUCUGUCCUUGCCUUUGUAGCAGUGUAAGUUGUCAUUAUAACAUAUAAAAAGCAUGACCUUUCUGUCCUUGCAUUUAUAGCAGUGUAAGAUGUCAUUAUAACAUAUAAAAAGCAUUACAAUUCUGUCCUUGCCUUUAUAGCAGUGUAAGUUGUCAUUAUAACAUAUAAACAGCAUUGCCUUUCUGUCCUUGCAUUUAUAGCAGUGUAAGAUGUCAUUAUAACAUAUAAAAAGCAUUACCUUUCUGUCCUUGCAUUUAUAGCAGUGUAAGAUGUCAUUAUAACAUAUAAAAAGCAUUUACCUUUCUGUCCUUGCAUUUAUAGCAGUGGAAGUUGUCAUUAUAACAUAUAAAAAGCAUUACCUUUC